AUCAUACGAAACAUGCCACAAAAACAUAAAAAACACAAAAAACACAUUUUUCUAUCAUUUUCUUUUUUUUAAAUGACAAGUCUAUAAAACAUGAAGCUAUAUAAAUCACCAAUAUUAACUUUUCAAAAUUCAAACACUCCAUUAGUGUAAUAAAAGAUAAAGAUACUUUAUUGAUCCUAACUUGGGAAACUUGUCCAUUACAGAAACAAACAGUACAAAUACAAAAGAAAAAUAACUAUAAAUUGUACAAAUGUACAUUUAAUGUGAUAAACUUUGUUCAGACCCAGACUGUGGAUUUGGCAUGAAUCCUUUGGAAUCACGUGCGCACAUCUGGAGGAGGAUCCUGCGCGCAAAAAAAAAAAAAAAAAAAAUCUUUCUCCUUCUCUUCACCAACAGCCUCCACUCACGGAUCAAGCAACCAGCCUAAAGGAACUGCUUCAACUUUUCUGACACCUCCGUCGUGACUUUAUUGAACAUUUUACGCGCUCGGGUCAGAUUCUCCCUGUUUGUUCGUUUUUGCGUUGGAGCUGUUGCGCGCGCUCAGAUGUGGAGUUAAGGCCGGUCCUGCUCGGUUUCCUCCUCGUCUCCGGUGUCUGUGAGGACAGCCUCUUCUUCUCUUCGGGGAGACGGUCGGUGAAGUCAGGCAGAAAUGCUGCUGCGGCUGCUGACCUGCGCGCUCUGCUGCUGGAGCCUCAGCUCCGUCACUGCGGAUGUGCUGAAAGCAGAGGCAUGGCUGCAGCAGUAUGGCUACCUGCCCCCCGGUGAUGUCCGAGCUCAGGCCAUCCGCUCACCCAAGUCCAUAGAAAAAGCGAUAUCAUCCAUGCAGAGGUUUUAUGGACUGACAGUAACCGGGACAAUAGACACCGAAACAUUAGAAGCCAUGAAGCGCCCUCGCUGUGGAGUCGUAGAUAAAUUUGGACCUGAGCUGAAAACUAACCUGAGGAGGAAGAGAUACGCAAGGCAGGGUCUGAAGUGGGAGAAGUCUGAGGUGACCUUCAGUAUAGAGAACUUCACCCCCAAAGUGGGGGAAAGAGCCACGUUUGAAGCCAUACGAAAGGCCUUCAAAGCGUGGGAGAGCGUUAUCCCGCUCACCUUCCGUGAGAUCCCCUUCGGCCACAUCCGAGGCAAAGUCGACAAGUACGCGGACAUCAUGCUGUCCUUCGCAGAGGGUUUCCACGGCGACAGCACGCCUUUUGACGGCGAGGGCGGCUUUCUGGCGCACGCUUACUUUCCGGGCGUCGGUAUCGGGGGAGACACUCACUUUGACCUCGCCGAGCCGUGGACAACAGGGACCACGGACCAAGGAGGAAAUGAUGUUUUCCUGGUCGCGGUGCAUGAGCUGGGUCACGCUUUGGGCCUGGAGCACUCGAAUGACCCUUCGGCCAUCAUGGCCCCCUUCUAUCAGUGGUUCGACACCGAAAACUUCCAGCUUCCGGAUGAUGACCGUAGAGGCAUCCAGGCCAUUUACGGAUCAAAGUCUGGGGUGCCCCCUCCUCCUCCACCCCCUCGCCCCACUAAGCCGUCAAAGCCCGACAAGCCCGACCACGGCCCGGACAUAUGUGAUGGACACUUCGACACCAUCGCUGUCCUCAGAGGGGAGAAGUUUGUUUUUAAGGACAAGUGGUUCUGGCGAGUUAGGAACAACAAGGUGCUGCCGAACUAUCCCAUGCCUAUCGGGCACUUCUGGAAAGGCCUCCCUUCAAACAUUGACGCAGCCUACGAGAGGACCGACGGGAAAUUUGUCUUCUUCAAGGGUGACAAAUAUUGGGCUUUUAGCGAGUCUACCUUGGAGAAGGAUUUUCCAAAGAACCUGAGAGAUUUGGGCGCCGGCCUUCCGAAAGACAGGAUUGAUGCCGCUCUCCUUUAUACACCCACGGGACAGACGUUCUUCUUUAAAGAAUCCCAAUACUUCCGCUAUAACGAGAAGACGCGCAGAGUGGACCGAGACUAUCCAAAGUCCAUCAACACAUGGACCGGAGCACCAGAUAACAUUGAAGCCGUCAUUAUGAGCGAAGAUGGAUCUUACACUUACUUCUACAAAGACAAUAAAUACUGGAAGUUCAACAACCAGCACAUGAAGGUGGAGCCCGGCUACCCCAAAUCCGUGCUCCGCGACUGGAUGGGCUGCGAGAACGAGGAGCCCAAAAGGGGUCGGAAAGAUUCCACAGACGGAUCGGGAGGCGCCGGGCCGGUGGCGGUGGUGAUCCCCCUCAUCCUGCUGGUCCUGGUACUGGUCACGCUGGGAGCGCUGUUGUUCUUCAGGAAGUACGGCAUGCCGCGACGCCUCCUCUACUGCAAGAGAUCGCUGCUGGAUAAGGUGUAGACGGCGGCUGACGGACCGCCACGGAGGGACGGAGAGGAAUUAAGGGGGACCGGGGCCCGAGGAAAGAAACUGAGGAACAGAGCAGGGGAUGAAAGGCAUAAAAGGAGGAAAAAUGCCUCAAGUGCCACGAAAGGAUAAGAAAGGCCCAUAAAACUGAAUUCAGGAAAAUGUAUAUUUGUAUUUUAGCUUUUUACAUGUUCAGAAAUCUAAAACCAAACCAACAUGAGAAAGGGAACUAUACAAAAAAUCACCCUCCCCCUUUUACAUAUUUUCUUAUAACUGGACGACUGUAGCAGAACUGCUGUUUGAUUCACUUCCUGCUUGAAAAAAGUGCUCAAAAACCUUUUUUUUUUGUGCUCUAAAAAUAUUUUCUUACAGUUAAGAUGCUCUUAAAAAGGGAAUUUUUUCUACCACUAAAAAAAGACAUAGGAAAUUGUUUUUUAAUAAUCAAAUCCAGAAGGAAUUUGAUGUAAAAAUUGCCAUGUUACAGUUUCAGUCCAUUAAAAAAAAAAAGAAGAAAAAAAAGCAUUUCUUGAAACUAAGGUACUGAAAAAUCCCACUUUGGUGCAACUGUUGGUGUUUUGCUGGAGUUGUGUGCACAGUGUUAGUACAGUCAGACUUCCGGAGGUGGAUUUUCCAUCCGUCGAGUUGCAGAAACCCUUAAAGUUGAGACGUGUAGAAGCGAAGAUGCUGGUUCAAGAAUCCCUCCUAAUGUGUAGCUCAAACUUGAGACGCUCAAACUUGCCAAAGAGACUCUGUGCAGGCUGUCAGAAAGAAAAGGGGGCUUUGCAAAGUUAAUCAUUCAAGUCUCCAGGAAAGAAAUAUGGUGCAAUGUUUUUUUAAAACCACCGCUUUGUGAUUAUAAGUAUGAUUAUUGUUAUUAUUGUUGUUCUGGGGAAGUUCUAGUAGCUUUCCUGAUGUGUUGUCAUUUGCAGUCCUGCUGGGCAGAGGCGUUACAUGACGAUAGAAUUGAACCCCGGUUUACAUCAGAUCAGAUUAAAGUGAGUUCAGGGAGAUUUUUAUAAUAAAAAUAAACCAAAUGUCCUUCAAAUGCUGGCACAGAAUAACAACCAUGUUAUUUAUGAACACAGAUGGUGCUCCUUGAUUUUUUUUAUUUUUACACCAAUUACAGCCAUGGGAGAAAUUAUUAGGUUUAGAACAAUGAUAAUAGUAAUGAUAUUUAUAAUGAUGAUCGUAUAAAUAAAAUUGAAUGAUUUUU